GUUGGACGUAUUGCACAAUGCUGCGAGCAGCAAGCGACGACACACCAAGCAAGCGAAAGAGAGAGAACCAAGAGAAACUUCUUGCGGUCUUCACAAAACAAAAUACAUAGUAACACACAUCACGGUUCCGAAAUCUUGCGGCUCUUGCUGGUGUUUUUCGAUCGGUUUAAUUCAAUCUUUCAGCUCGUAAACUAUUUGGUAACAUGUUGUCACGCUGGUCGCGCAAAGCUGUCGAUAAAUACUUGGCAUUCCAAGUACUACGCAGCACAGCUGGACGGAUACGGCAUUACAGCACCGAUAAAAAGUUUAGCAUCAAAGACGAAGUACUAGAUGGCCGGCCACUCUACCUCGAUGCGCAAGCGACCACAUCAUUGGACCCGCGCGUUCUCGAUGCCAUGAUGCCGUACAUGACCGCUUACUACGGAAAUCCACACUCGCGAACACACGCGUACGGUUGGGAGUCGGAAGAAGCGGUGGAGAAAGCUCGCUCCCAGGUAGCUUCCCUUAUUGGUGCAGACCCGAAAGAGGUGGUUUUCACGUCCGGCGCUACAGAAUCGAACAACAUCUCGGUGAAGGGCAUUGCGCGUUUCUAUGGCGUGAAGAAAAAGCAUAUCAUCACUACACAAACCGAGCACAAGUGCGUGCUGGACUCGUGCCGUGCGCUCGAGGGUGAAGGGUUCCAUGUAACGUACCUGCCGGUACAAUCGAACGGACUGAUCAGCAUGGAAGAGCUGGAGAAAGCAAUCACACCGGAAACAUCACUCGUAUCCAUAAUGACCGUGAAUAACGAGAUCGGUGUGAAGCAACCGGUCGCCGAGAUCGGACGGCUGUGCAAAUCGAAGAAGGUAUUCUUCCACACGGAUGCCGCACAGGCCAUCGGCAAGAUACCGGUCGAUGUGAACAAAAUGAACAUCGAUCUGAUGUCGAUCUCCGGGCACAAAAUCUACGGCCCGAAGGGUAUUGGAGCGCUGUACGUGCGCCGCAAGCCACGUGUGCGGGUGGAAGCAAUUCAGAGCGGCGGUGGACAGGAAAGAGGCCUCCGCAGCGGAACCGUGCCGACCCCACUGGCCGUUGGGUUGGGUGCCGCAUGCGAGAUAGCAAGUCGCGAGAUGGAGUACGAUCACCGAUGGAUGGAGUUUCUGUCGAAACGAUUGAUGGAUAAAAUCUUCGCCGAACUACCGCAGGUCAUCAGGAACGGCGAUCCGGUGCACACGUAUCCGGGCUGUAUCAAUCUUUCCUUCGCGUACGUUGAGGGCGAAUCGUUGCUGAUGGCGCUGAAGGAUGUGGCGCUUUCCAGCGGGUCAGCGUGUACGUCUGCAUCGCUGGAACCGUCGUACGUGUUGCGCGCGAUCGGUACGGAUGAGGAUUUAGCACACAGCUCGAUUCGUUUCGGUAUCGGCCGUUUCACCACGAUCGAGGAGGUGGACUACACGGCGGAGAAGUGCAUCAAGCACGUUACACGAUUGCGCGAGAUGUCUCCGCUGUGGGAAAUGGUACAGGAAGGUGUGGAUAUUAAGAGCAUCAAGUGGUCGCAGCAUUGAAGCGCGCGCGAUCCGGAUCGCUUGUGUAAUAACGAUAGCUUCGUUUUCAUGCAAUUGUUUCUAGCUUGAGGCACAUGCUAAAUUAAAGCUUGUAAAAAAAAAUAACAAACGAAAUACAUUGUAUAUUUUACGUUACUCUA